ACCCGGAAGCAGACGCUAGUCGCGAGUUGCUUCCCAUCGGUGGAGUAAAGAUGGCUGACCAGGGCGCCGCAGAUCCUGCUAAUAACAACAAUCAAACUGACGCCGGGGAGGGCACCAUCAUUAAGGUCACCGUGAAGACCCCCAAGGAUAAGGAGGAAAUCGCCAUCGCUGAAGAUUCGUCUGUCACGCAGUUCAAGGAGGAGAUCUCCAGGCGUUUCAAAGCCAAGCAAGACCAGCUGGUGCUGAUUUUCGCAGGCAAGAUCCUGAAGGACGGCGACAGCCUCAGCCAGCACGGCAUCAAGGAUGGGCUGACGGUGCACCUGGUUAUCAAGAUGGCACAGAAGGCCUCAGAUGGAGGCAGCACUUCGACUUCAAGCUCCACGUCCACCCCGGCAGAAAGCGCCGGUGCCCCCAAUGCAGGCACCACGCCUUCCUCCAGCGCUGGGUCCACCGCCGACUCCACCCCGGUGUCCACACAGACGCCCGGCCUACUGAGCGGUUUCGGCGACCUGUCCAGUCUGGCGGGCCUGGGCAUGGGCUCGGCCAAUUUCAUGGAGCUGCAGCAGCAGAUGCAGCGGCAGCUCAUGUCCAACCCGGAGAUGCUCUCGCAGCUCAUGGAGAACCCGCUGGUGCAGAACAUGAUGUCCAACCCGGACCUGAUGCGGCAGAUGAUGGUGUCCAACCCGCAGAUGCAGCAGCUGAUGGAGCGUAACCCGGAGAUCUCGCACAUGCUCAACAGCCCCGAGCUCAUGAGACAGACCAUGGAGCUAGCUCGCAACCCAGCCCUGAUGCAGGAGAUGAUGCGCAACCAGGACCGGGCGCUCAGCAACCUGGAAAGCAUCCCGGGCGGCUACAACGCCCUGCGCAGGAUGUACACCGACAUCCAGGAGCCCAUGCUCAGCGCCGCCAGAGAGCAGCAGUUUGGCAACAACCCCUUCUCGGCCCUCGGCGGCGGCUCAGAGUCCGGCGUCCAGCCAUCGCGGACGGAGAACCGCGAGCCCCUUCCAAAUCCCUGGGGUCCACCCAAUGCCUCGAACCCCCCGGAGAGCGGUGGCGGCGGCCCGGCGGGAGGCGCCAGCACCAGCACCCCCGCCUCUGGCACCAACCCCACCGUGUCCAACCCACUGGGCGUCAACCCGGGCAGUCUGGGAAACGGAAUGUUCAACAGUCCGGGCAUGCAGAGCCUCCUGCAGCAGAUCUCGGAAAACCCCCAGCUCAUGCAGAACAUGCUGUCGGCCCCCUACAUGCGCAGCAUGAUGCAGUCGCUGUCCCAGAAUCCAGAGUUGGCCUCCCAGGUGAUGAUGAAUAAUCCCUUGUUUGCCGGCAACCCACAGCUGCAGGAACAGUUCCGGUCUCAGCUUCCCGUCUUUCUGCAGCAGAUGCAGAACCCAGAGGCGUUAUCUGUGAUGACGAACCCGCGCGCCAUGCAAGCGCUCAUGCAGAUCCAACAGGGCCUUCAGACACUGCAAACGGAAGCACCCGGACUCAUGCCCAGUUUGAUGUCAGGCGGCAUCCCCGGCAGCAUCCCCGGCAGCAUUCCUGGCAUCCCUGCGGGCAGCAGCGCACCCUCUGAGAACCCGGCGUCCUCGCCCAGCAGCGCCGGGACACCGCCAAACGUCGCCCAGCAGCAGCUGAUGCAACAGAUGCUUCAAAUGUUCGCAGGAGGAGGCGCGGCGAACCAGACCCCCGAGGUCCGCUUCCAGUCGCAGCUGGACCAACUGAACGCCAUGGGCUUCAUCAACCGCGAGGCCAAUCUACAGGCCCUCAUCGCCACUGGAGGGGACAUCAACGCCGCUAUCGAGAGACUGUUGGGCUCGCAACCCUCGUAAAGACGCAUACACACACACACACACACACACACACACACACAGUACAUUCUGCCGCCUGUCACACACGCAUUUGCAUACACAGGCACGUCAUGCCACAUCCACAGACAAAAAGUAUCGCAAAUUGAUCCCCAAACUAACAUAGACACUUUGGGCAAGAUCUGAUGCCUCACCUUUUUUUUUUGUCACCGGCCCCCGCUCCUUUCCGAUAUUUGUCCCUCUUCUGUUGGCGCCAUUCACUCAGAGUCUCCCAUUGGUGGUCUCCUUCAUUUCUUGGCAAAGAAAUGGCAUGGCCCCUCCGUUCUUGAGCUCAAAGCACGCAAUGCAGGCGUGAGCGAACCACAGUCUCGUUUGUUCCUCCCGAGUUCCCGCUUUCUGUUCUCGAUCACAGCAGCAUUUGUUCCACUGUCGCGGAUUUCUAAAUGAUGCCCUGCGUACGUGUAGUUUGUCAUUCCAGGUUCAACAGAAGAAGAGAAAAAAAAGUGUCUUUGUGUGUCUGAGGCACCGCUGCUGUGCCUUUUGUGUCCUUACCUUCAAUGCGAGACCCGCGUGUGUGUAUGUGUGUGUGUGUGUGUGGAUGUAGGGAAAGGGGGGUGGGCGCAAAUGAGGGGUGGGCGCGAGUUAAAUCCAUGCAUCCGCACAUCACUGGAUUUAUUGGACGCAAAGAGUUGGCAUCCGCAACGCUGACAAUAUGAAGCAAAAAGAGAUUUUCUUUCACUUUAAUCUGAUGAUUUACUUCUGAGGUUUUUUUUUUCGCGGGGGUACAUGUAAAUUGAACCAUGAAUCAGUUGAAUCAGUUGGCUUGGCAAAAGAAUUCUAGUAUGGCCUGCCAUAUGUUUCUGAAGAAAAAUAAACGGCUCUCGCGCUAGA